GCGUGUGCGUCUCUCUGUUAUUGAUAUUCUUUGGUCUUUGAAAAAGCUGUUGCGUUGUUUGCAACCUCGGCUGCAGAAGGUGGAAUACGCUUGGCAUUGUGUUUGUUGCCAUGGAUGUAAGGUCUUCACUACUAAUGGAUCAUUAAGGCCAGUCAGUAUCUUCACACAUCACGCACAUGCUCUCAGAGGUCAUUUUCAGCUUAUAUGAAGACAGAAUUAGACUCAAGCCCACACCAUGCCCUCGUAAUCAGGAGGAGGAAAAAAUGUGAGAUAAGAUAAGUCGCUCUUCUUCAACCAACAGGGAACUUAAAAAGAAGAAAAGCUUCUGGAUGGAACAGGAGGCAGAUCAGACCAUUGACGGGUUGAGCCUGGACGACAACUCUCUCGGGCAGAUGAAGAACACCAACCGGCAGCGACCGGCUUUCACUCCUGUGACUGAUGCCGACCCCAAUGCCAACGAGAUCCACUCAGGGGAGACUGGCACGCGAGAGAGAGGCUGGAAGGAUGGCAGCCCGGUGCCCCCACUGGUGUCCCAGAAAGACACCCAGAAUCGUAUCAUCAUUUGGGACACUGACGCCGAGUGCCAGGAUAUCUCUCUGGAGGAACUGGAGCUGCUGGAAUGCCAGGAGGUGGAGGAGUUCCUCGUUAAAAGCAGGAAGACCGGAGAGUACCGGAAUGCCAGAGGGGAAGGACGCAUGAAAGGUGUGCUGCUCGACAGACAACCCAAGACCAUUAACACUGCUACUACUUGUAGUAGUACCACCAGCAAUAGCGGCUCUGGCUCAGCCAACAGUAGAGGCUAUCAGCAAAACAACAACAACCACUGGAGAACCGGAGGCAGCGUGGAGGAUUUGGAGUGCGCAGUUGCGCAGUCGUACGCUCAGUCAGAGAGCCUGCGGAAGGCCCGCUCCAACUCAGAGGGCAAUGUGUUUGCCUCGUCCUCGUUCUCCACUGUGCCUAACUUCAGCAGUAGCCUGGCCAGUGCUCUGGACAGCACUGGCAGCCAUGCGUCCCAGUACGCCUACCCUACCUCAGCCCAGAACCAGAGCUGGAGCCAGCAGCACCAGCCAGCCCGAGGCCCGGCACUCGAAGUGGACCAAAACCACAACACCAUGCUGCCUCAGGGAAGGGGCCCGGGACAACCCGGCACUCAUGUCCAGGGCUACGCCGUUGCACAGAGCAAUGCAAACAGGAAGUACCUGCCGAGGAGGCUGGUGGCACCCAAGCAGAGGCUGGAGGAUGUGUUUGGGAAAACGGGAGACUGGAGGCAGGAGGUCAGCGGCAGGCAGCAGACAAACGGAGCGUCCGGCGAGAGGAAGAAGAGUUGCGACGAGAGGGUGCCGCCAUGUCGCCGGCAGCUUGUACGGCCGUUUUUAUCCGAAACCAAACCGGAGCACACGUCUUGGGCUUCACCUGAUCCAAUUCCCCAGCCAGCAUACUCCUCAGCAGACUCGCGCCACAGCAGUCAUAACCAGCAUCUUGUCCAUAGGGUUGCGUCACAGGCCAAUGGCAGCUCCCAGUACUCAGUCCAAGGCUCAGGGUCACUGACAGGCAGGUCGAACCUAGCGGGGCCCUGCUCUAGCCUAGAGAGAAAAGCUCCAAUCACUCCCAGGCUGUGCCGGAGCCCCAGUGGGGCAGAUUCUCCCCCUUCGCCCAGAGACACAGGGUCCCCACGGAGACAUGCUCCCACGUCCCCUCCCAAACCUCGGCAGCGGGGAUACGCCAGCGCCACCACUACCAGCAGCAGCUUCCUACGGGCGCCUGUCAGGACCAGCCUGGGCACGGGCAUCCCAACCAAACCACCUGUCCAGGACCGUCCACAAGCAACACCUCAUGAAAAGUCCUCACCACCCAAGUGCCCGCCGAAGCCUAAGACAGUUCGACCGAAGAUCAUCACAUAUGUCCGCAAGGGUCCAGGUCCGUCCGCAAAGCCUCAGUCCCUGGAGGGCCCUCCUCACCAGGUGUCCUCCCUCCCCUCGCGCCUCAGCUCCUACCCCAGCCACCAGGCCCCCUGCGAGGCCAAGUUCAGAGGUGAGGACUCCGCUGGGCCGGUUCUCAGUGCCUCCAACCUGCUGUUUGAUAAGUACCGGCAGGAAAUGCAGAAGGCUCAGCAGCAGUUCAACCCUACUGGUAUGGCCGGAUCAGGAAUCAAGACCCCCAGCUAUACCAUACCCCACAAACAGACCAGUAGAGCAGACAGCUUCUAUGGGUCCCUCAACAGCAAGUACAUGCCUGGAGGGAUGAACAGACCUUCAGGUCAGUUUGGAGGUUUGGGCCCCGGACAAGCCUCAGGGUCUGAAGGAGCCCCUCAGAGGGCUCUGAGGCCCCAGCUAGGAGUUGCAGGUGCCGUGAGGGGCCCGACCAACUCUGCCACCAAGAACCGCAUAUUCCCAGCAGCAGGUCAAAAUCAACCCGUGCAAGCCGUCAGUCCGGCCCCACAGAACCUUCAAAACACCUCUGGACCACAGGCAGACCUGAAGAAACCCUCUGGGAGUCUGAACUCCAAGUCCCAGCUGCCCAAACCAUCUCUGUCCGGUCUGCGGCCCCCAGGCUACUCCCGGCUGCCCCCGUCCCGUCUGACCGCCUUCGGCUUUGUGCGCAGCUCCAGCGUGUCGUCCGUCUCCAGCACCCACUCCGGAGACAGUGUCCGCAGCGACCAAUGCAGACCAGCUCUCCGCCCCAGCAGUGUGAGCGAUGAGCCUCCGUUCCACAGGAUCAUCUCCCCAGCACCAGGGGGCGCUACUCGGGCGUCCUAUCAGGGCAGCCCCCAGCCGCCUGCCACCCCCGCUCUAAAACGCCGCUCUCUCCUCCCACCACCUGCCACCGCUUCUAAGAAGGAACUGCAGAAGAAUUCAGAAAUUGCCCGACCAGCUUUAUCUUCCCCUAAACGACUAGCAGUGGUCUCCCCCAAACCUCAAUCACCAGUCCCCAGCAGACAGAGGCCCGUGGCGGCGGUCCAGAGGGUGACCCUCAGCACCUCCCCCAAUAAGAAUGCCCCGGAGCCGUCUGCUCCUCAGAAGGAGGGCCCGUCAGAGGAGGAGGUGCAGCGUCUGCAGGAGCGCUGCGAGGAGCAGGCCAGGCAGCUGGAGCGGAUGCGUGCCGAGCUCAAGAAGACCACGCUGGGCCUGGAGGCCUUCGCCAUCUGCACACAGCACCUGUGUCUGCAGAGCCAGACAGCCUCUGAGAGGGAGAAGGAGCUCUCUCUGGAGUUGGACAGGAUUAAGGAUAAAGUGGCCUGCAACAGGGAGCAGUUGGAGCACGUUCAGAAGGAGAAGGCUGAGCUCGAGCACAACUUCCACCAGGAAGUGCAAGGCCUGCAGGAGAAACAGGAGGCGGAGCUUGCGGCCCUGGAGGCAGAGCUUGAGAGCCGCCACUCAUCCGAGCUGGAGCACAUCAGGGCAGAGUAUCAGUCUGAGGUGGAGGAGCUGAGGACGCAGCAGCAGGAACAGAUUGCUGAGAUGAGUGUGAAUCAUGCGUCUGCCAUGGAUGAGCUGAAGACCAUGCAGAACUUCACCAUGGCGACUCUGCAGGAGGAACACACCCGUACCAUGAGAGACCUGAGGAAAGCCCAUGAGCAGCAGAAGAGCAAACUAGAGGAGGAUUUCCAGGAGUUUAGACUCUCACUACAGGACCAGGUGGACACCCUGACGUUCCAGAACCAGACCCUCAAAGACAAGGCCAAGAGGUUUGAGGAAGCGCUCAGGAGGAGCGCUGAUGAGCAGAUAGUGGAUGCCCUAGCCCCUUACCAGUACAUAGAGGAGGACUUGAAGAGUUUGAAAGAAGUUCUGGAGAUGAAGAACCAACAGAUUCAUGACCAGGAGAAAAAGAUUUCAGAACUCGAGAAAAUGCAGGCCCAUAAGAACGUGGCUCUGGAGGAACGGGUCCAAGUGCUGCAGCAGCAGAACGAGGACCUGAAGGCUCGCAUUGACCACAACCUCACCAUCUCCAGGCAUCUGUCGGAGGAGAACGCCACUCUGCAGGUGUCGGUGGAGAAGGAGAGCAACGAGAAGAAGCGUCUGAGCCGCAACAACGAGGAGCUGCUGUGGCGCCUGCAGAUGUCGCCCUGCGCUUCGCCCAGCCACCGCGCCGCCACCGCCGCCUUCUUCCCGGCCUCCGCCGAAAUCCCCCCAUACACCUACUCGCCUGGCCCGGGGACCCCCGUCCACAGCUACUCGCCGGGACCCGCCACCCCCACCCACGGGUUCUCAUCGGGGCACGGGACCCCCACCCACCGGGCUCUGCCUCUCUCUGGACCGGGCAGCCCGGUCCCCAGGUGCUCCCCCGCCAGAGCUCUGGCUCCCUGUGUCGACACACAGUAGUGGUGCGAGGCAGGAGUGUGUGAAUGUGGACCGUACAGGUAUACCUCCCAUCCUCCCAGUGCUGACUCAAGGAGCUACGCUAACAGCAUACUGCCAGACAGACCUGAGCUACCAGCUACUCUCUCAGUUCCUUUUUUUAAUCACUUGAUCACACAGAGCCCAGAGACAAUGGUUUUCUAUUUGUUUUAUAGUCUGACUUUCAAGCAGUAAAUAGGGUGAGAGAGAGACAGAGAGAGAGAGAGAGAGAGAGAGAGAGAGGGAGUCAGAGACUUGCAGAAUAGAGUGAGAGAGGUAGAAAGGAGAAAGAGAUAAUUGUGCAGUUAAGACACAGAGUGCUGGGAGACUGGGAAAUGAGAAUGAGAGUAUGAGAAUGAGAGAGAGAGAGAUUUAUUUGUAGGAUAUUCUAUCGCCUUGGUUGGGUGAUUAUAGUAUUUAUCAGUGGACAUUUUAAACAUUCCUCUUAUGCUUUGGUCUUCCAUGAGUUGCAGUGAAGACCUCCUCUCUGGUCUGCCUCCACUCAGGUCGUCUGGCAUGAGACAUCAUCCUCUCUGUAUUUCGUAAGUUUACACAAAUACACACAAGGAACCAAGCACUGAGGAUGUACUUACCUGUAUUUAAAUAGAAAUUGUAAUAAUCUCAAUGAUUCUUUAUGUUAGCCUUUGUAUCUACAGUAAAUGUAUUUAAUGCUUUCCUACUCUUCAUGCAUGUGCAUUUGAAAGUCUUCCAGUCUUGUAUGACCUAAUAGAGUACUCUUUGUUAGAUUGUUAUCAUAGAUCAACGGUCAGUCAGAUCUCACGUCUUCUGUAUGCAGUCACCUCACAGAAAUGCGUAUAGAAAACACUUGGUGUGGUUCACUUUUAAAUGACCUCUAGUCUUUGGUGCACAGUUCAAAGUCAACACAAUAGCAGGGAUGACGAAGCAGGGCUCUAUGAAGUUAACUACUCUUAGAUGUAUUUUGGAAGUAGCAGCCGAGCAAUACAGUAGAUGUAGUCAGACACAAACCCUCUUCAAAGUUCUUCAGUGAUGCUCUGAAGCCUAAGGCCUGCCUAUACAGAUCCAUUCUGCUCCUGCUAGCCUAUAACAGCCAUUUACUUAAAGGAGUGUUGGUUCCUCACCAGUGAAAACACUUCCUUUGGCCAUGGUGCUUCCUUUGAAGAAUAUAGGAAACUAAUGCAGGUCCAACUCCAGCUCCCAUAUGACGACCAAUGAAUGGAGGCCAAUGCUUCUUUUCUGCCCUAUAGCUAACCAAAAGGAAUGUACCAGCCUGUGGUUGAGCCUUAGCCUGGCUAACGCCAAACCUCAUCUCAUUGAGAUGGGGUCUGGGAACUACACAUUCAUUUUCUCGUAUUUGAGAUGUGGUUUACGAAUGCCCAGAGCCGUUUAUUGGGCGCUACGAAUGUCUAUCAAAUGCGUCUGUACGUAACUCAUAACUGCUUCGGUGUGUUGUCAUCGUCUUGCUGUCCCCCCUCUGUUCUGUGAUUGGUUCCUUCGUGGAGGUGAAAACGAAGUCCAUGGAAUCCAGGCUGCCUAGCAGCGUGAAUAAAAUCGCGUGCGUAAGGCAGCAUGGGGAAACCCAGGCUAGUUGAGCCUAUGAACUUUGAGCUAUAUAUUUCUGCACCGGCAACACUCUUGUUACCGUGAAACCCAGGUGGGGGAUUUUGUAGAGAAUGUAUAUUUCUGGAAAUAAAAUAAUGAAAUCCUGAGUAGAGAGGGUAGAUGUUAUGAUACUACAACUUUCAGGGAGUUUUCUUCUUGUGUAGAUGUAGCCAGUAGACACAUAGCAGGCAUUUUAGCCAUGUUGAUUUUCAAUACAGGAUAGGUUUCUCUGUAGCUUUUGGACUGAUUUGACUGUGGUAGCUCAUAGUUUUCAUUGAUUUAUCUUUUUUUUUGUCCUAAAAUCGAUCAUGGGAUCAUUGUAAUAGUUUUAAUUUAUUACUGGCUAUAAAUACUGUAUUUUCCAAGACAACUCCAUUGUGAUAACUGAAUUAGUGUAAUCAUAAUUUCUCAUAGUGUCUGAAGAGUGUUGUUAGUGACAACACCAUCCCCUGAAUGUGACGCUAUGAUUUCUCAAUUCCAUUGAAAUACUGUAUUUCUACAGGGUACAACUAUAGUUGAUAGAUGUGGUUACACCAACUUCUCAGUCCUCAAUAAGGGGAAUCCAAACACUCAGCUGAGCAGCUAAAUGCCAUGGAAAGGUUUCACUGGCAUUCAGGAGUAGCCUAUCAUAACAACUCCAGUUGUAUUCUCUGUAACACUUUACUUGACACAGCCCUUUUUACACUGUCAGGAGCAUACUGUAGCACAAAGCACAGUGUCACACUAAUGUUCAGGCUGAAAUAAUUAUGUGGUUAUUAGACACAACUGGAACCCAGUUUAUCCAAACUCCAACUUUACCUCUUUAGCACAACCAUGUUCUAGUAGUCUUUGUAACGCCAUAGACUCCCAUUGUACUUCACUUUACUAUACUGUGUAGAGAGGGCUGUGUAGCAUGAAGGGUUACUGUUUCCUGUUGUACAUAUCUGUAUGAAAUAAAAGGGUAUUUGCUGCACUGUAAUGUGAAGUUAACCUGAGGUAAUAAUUCAUUGUAUAUGCUACUAGUUUGCAGACAUUUGAUCGUUAACUGUGAAGGAAGAAUGUAAUACAAGUCAUUCACUGUUUGUAAGCAUACUGUAGAGGAUUUCUUAACUCUGUACAAUAAUCUAACCAAUGGUUUGUAAAGAAUGAUUCCUAAAUUAGAAUGUGUUUUUGGGUUACAUUUUUUAUUCAAUGUUUCUUCUUACUCUUUUUGAGUGAAAUGUUUUUUUUUUUAGGGUUUUUUUUUAUACACGUUAGCCUGAGAAGGGAAAACUACCAACUAGACACUCUGAAUGACAUUCAGUUCUCACUGUGAUGCCUGGGCUUUUACAUGUACAGCCCCUGAAGAACUGACUCCGACCCAUUUGGACGCUAAUGAUGAUGAUGAUGAUGAUGAUGAUGAUGUGACGACAACAGCGACAGCAAUGAUUGUGACUGAAGAAAACAGAGCCAUAAUGAGUUAAUAUUCUGAUGGGAGUCCUGAUUCUAAUGGUUAUUAUGAACAAUGUUAUAUUGUGAUGUGUAGCAAUGAAGUUGGCCUAGUGUAACCAUGAAGCAUUCUUCAGUGUAGUUUUAGACUAUUCAUUGUUCAUGACUCUAUCUCAGAUAGAUUCCAAAUGUAAAGAUGAAUUCAUUACUAGAUAGAACUCAAAACUACACAGAUGUUUGUGUUUGGAAAGACAUCAUUGAAAUGUUGAAAAAUGGUUACACUUGGCAUCCUGAAAUCCAUACUCUUUAGUGCAGUCAAAUGUGUCAUAUUGCAUUCAAAAUUGCAAAUGCCAUGUUGAACAUGUUGCUGAGUUUAAAUACAUGCAUCCUGCAAUGUCAUUGGGGCUUGAUGGAACAUAAACCACUGCCAUGCUAAUACAUUAUACAUUAUGUAUAUCAUUCGUCACAGUUCUCUGGUUAUCAGCUAGGUUCAUGAAAUUCUGAAUAUGACAUUCAAAGCCUCAGCAAUGGAUGAAGACAUUUGAAAACACCUGUCAACCAUCAUCACCAAUGAAAAACAAAAUCCUAGGUUAACGCACUUCCCCCAAAAGAGGAGCUGCUUCCCUCUUCAUUUAUCAGUCUUUGAUCUAAACAAUACAAUGUUAAACAACACCAACCCACAGUAUAUUUAUAUUACCUAUUACCUACUACCUUGUGAUGGACUUUCCAAGCAAAUCUGACACUGUCCAUAUCUGGGUGCUUAAUGUAUAAACUGACCUUUUUCUGAUCAGGUUCUGAGACUGCACUGAGUUGUUUGUCCUGUGGACAUUUCUAUGAACUACUGAAUGUUAGCUCUGUUUAUUCUUGCCAUAUAUAGUAUACAGGGCAGACUAGUUACACAGUAAAUAGUACUAGAAGGGAAAGGGGUGGAGGGAGGGGGGUUGCUGAAUGCAUUUUUAUGUAUGUGAAAUGUUUUCAUCUAGACAGUAUGUACUUUUUAGCUACGUACAUAUCAUAUGUAAUCCGUACUAUGUCUUAAAACGUCAUGAGCAAAUGCAUGCUUGUCUACCUCUUUCUUCUAUCCUACACAUUUUCAUCUCUUGUGAUGUCCACAUAGUAAUGGUAGACUAGAGAUUAAACUGAAGAAUGGAAACCUGUAUUUAUAACUUUACACCUUUGUAUGCACUUUUGGUAAGAGGAGUAGGUAAUAAAACUUGU